UCUUCGUCUACUGCUCUCAGACUGCUUCUGCGCCCGGGGUUUGUCGUGUGGAACGGCGGCCAAGUAGCCAACAACGGAAAGGACCCCGCCCGCCGUAGCCCGAGCCAGCACGCAACAAGGAAUCACACACGUACGACUACUUCCAUCAAUCAUGAGAGAGAGAGAGAGACGAUGACAACGCCACACGCCUAUUCACCCCAGCUCCUGAGCUGAGCGACGCCCUCCUCCAUGCCACUGGAGGCCAGCUCGACAACCAAAGCCCUUCCGGUUUCUUGCCGAACCAUAUUCGUCCGUGGAGUCUUCCUCCUGCGACCCCCUCGCACUUAAUUGCUGUGGAGAAGUGCGGCGGGAGCUGACUGCUGUUGCUGCUGCUGCUGCAGUCGCUUCCAGCCGCUGGCGACUAGCGGCGCUCCCGGCCGGUACAUGACCUCGGCGUCCGUCGGCGCGCCGAUGGGGAUCUACGAGCCGCGCCGGCAGCUGGUCGCCGCCGGGGCGUGGGGCGAGCCGUUCCGGCCCGAAGCCAUCAACGCCCAGGCCACGGCCGCCGCCACGGUCACCGGAGCGGCGACGGCGAUGGACGCCAUCGAAACAGAGGUCAAGUUGGGCAGCUGGGCACAGGAUGACGCCCCGGUGGAAGAAGCGGCGCCGUCGUCGGAUAGCUUCGGCCACGACGACGCCAGGCCCAGAGAGAAGGCUCAGAGAAGGCUCGUGCAGAACAGAGAGGCGGCUCGGAAGAGCCGGCUACGGAAGAAGGCCUACAUCCAGAAUCUUGAGACGAGCCAGAUGAAGCUGGCGCAGCUGGAGCAGGAGCUCACCGGGGUCAGGCGGCAGCAGGGCGUGUACGCCACUGGACUAGCAGCACCUGUUGAUCCAGGUGUCGCUGCGUUUGAGAUGGAGUACGCGCACUGGGUGGAGGAGCAGAGCAAGCAGGCCGCCGAGCUGAGGACGGCGCUCCAGGCACACGCGCCGGAGAUCCAGCUGCGCAUCCUCGUGGACGCCGGGCUCGCGCACUACGACGCGCUGUUCCGGGCCAAGUCCAUGGCCGCCAGGUCCGACGCCUUCUUCGUGCUGUCCGGCGUGUGGAGGACCCCCGCCGAGCGCUUCUUCCUCUGGAUCGGCGGCUUCCGGCCCUCCGAGCUCCUCAAGAUCCUGGCGCCGCAGCUGGAGCCCCUGGCUGAGCAGCAGGCGUCGGAGGUGCGCGCGCUGCAGCAGACGGCGCGGCAGCUGGAGGACGCGCUGUCGCAGGGCAUGGACAUGCUGCAGCAGACGCUCGUGGAGGCCCUGAUGACUGUCGAUUCCCGUGAUGCUGCUGGCGGCGGCUACGCGGCGCAGCAGAUGGCGAGCGCGCUGGGCAAGCUCGACGGCCUCGCCGGCUUCGUGGAACAGGCGGACCUUCUGCGGCAGGAGACGCUGCGGAAUAUGCACAAGAUCCUGACGGCGCGGCAGGCGGCGCGGGGGCUGCUCGCGCUCGGGGACUACUGCCAGCGGCUGCGCGCGCUCAGCUCGCUCUGGGCGGCGCGCCCGCGGGAGCCGGCCUGAACCGCGCGCGCGCGCGCAACGAUGGGUGGCUCGACGUCGACGGCGAAGAGGAAGCGGCAUUCGGCACGUCCGCGCGUGGUUGACUCCCGGAUCGGCCGGCGGAGCAAGAAGCCAAAGAAGGGUUUCUCCGGUGGCUCGGUUCCAGCUCUGCAUUUUGCACGGGCAACCAGUGCGUUUGCUCUGAAUCUUCAGAUGGCUACAGCAGUAGGCCAUGGAUUUGAUUGACAGAUCAAGAAAUUUAGAAGUGUAAAUACAGUAUACAUAUCUUUUUGACAAGAAAAAAAGGAGUUGUUUGGAUGGUAUAUGCCUGUGAGGCUAAGAAGCACAAUUUAUGAUGCAGUUGCUGUUUCUCUAGCUCAACCUGUAAUUUAGCGAGGUUGUAAUUUAACAAGCCAUUUUCAGUGCCACACGUUCAUUUA